AUUCACCACAGGGCAACUUCACGAGCAUUUUGUAGCUAACUAGCUGAAUCAUUUUGCUGGUCUCCCUGUUUCUUGUGAAUUGUACGUGUAUUUCAGUGCAAUGGCGGCAAGAUAUGACAGAGCUAUCACCGUAUUUUCUCCCGAUGGUCAUCUCUUUCAGGUGGAGUAUGCACAAGAAGCUGUAAAGAAAGGUUCCACAGCGGUGGGGAUCAGAGGAAAAGACAUUGUUGUCCUUGGUGUUGAGAAGAAGUCUGUAGCAAAGUUGCAGGAGGAAAGGACUGUCCGCAAGAUAUGUGCCCUGGACGAGCAUGUCUGCAUGGCAUUUGCAGGACUGACGGCAGAUGCCCGUAUUGUGAUAAAUAGAGCUCGGGUGGAAUGCCAGAGCCACAGACUAACUGUUGAGGAUCCAGUCACAGUGGAAUACAUCACACGCUACAUAGCUACACUGAAACAGCGCUACACUCAAAGCAAUGGCCGCAGGCCGUUUGGGAUCUCUGCGUUAAUUGUUGGCUUUGACUACGAUGGGACUCCCAGGCUGUAUCAGACAGACCCAUCAGGAACCUACCAUGCCUGGAAGGCAAAUGCAAUCGGCCGUAGCGCAAAAACUGUGAGGGAGUUCCUGGAGAAGAAUUACACAGAUGAAGCCAUUGCUGGGGACAAUGAGGCAAUCAAGUUGGCUAUCAAAGCUUUGCUUGAGGUUGUCCAGUCAGGAGGGAAAAAUAUUGAACUUGCUGUUAUCAGACGGAAUCAGCCACUGAAGAUUCUGGAGUCCAAGGAAAUUGAGACUCUGGUAGCUGAGAUUGAGAAGGAAAAAGAAGAAGAGGCCGAGAAGAAGAAGCAGAAGAAGUCCACUUGAAGCAGUUAACGAAGAGUUUUUCUUUAUUGCACUUGGAUGACAAUAGUAUGUUUGGGUUGCAAAUAUUAGUACUUUUUAGAGGGAUUACUUCCCUCAGUUAUGUCAUUGUAAAGAGCUAAAUCAUAACUUGAGAUCUGUUGAUGUUCAAACGUUUUCAACAUGUUUCUGAAUUUACAAAGAAUGUCAAGUCCCUCUACUUCCAGCUAUUGAGUUGACUGGUGUUUAAAAACACAUACAUCUCAAGUUAGGAUUUAGCUCUUAAACUACGCUUGCAGGAUGUUUUUAUAUCAUUCACCUAACAGCUAUGAUGGUGAUGAAUCCCAAAUGUUGAAAUAAACUGUUUGCAACAUUCAGAAACAUAAUGAAACGAAAUAUUCAAUAAAAGCGGACUUGUUUGUAA